AUGGUGCAAGCACCCACCACUGGCCUCUCGGCCAGCGCGCAUGGCAGCUCUCGAGCCUCGCCAGCAGUCAGCUCCUCGACCGGCAUUACGCCAAACGCCAACGGCACCAAGUCCAAGCCUGGACACGCAAAUCCUCAAUUGCCUCUCAGCUCCUUGCGCAGCGCGCCGCUGGACCUUCGAUCUGUCGAGCGACGAGGCCAGCCCACAGCCGGCAGGGAGACCACGAAGCGAACCAGGCCAUUUGGCCUUCAAGAGGCCCCAUCAUACCGCCCGACCGAAGACGAAUGGCGCGACCCCUUCGAGUACAUCCGCAAGAUCACCCCCGAGGCGUCCAAGUACGGUCUCUGCAAGAUCAUCCCGCCGGACUCGUGGAAUCCCGACUUCGCAAUCGAUACCGAGAAAUUCCACUUUAGGACCCGAAAGCAGGAGCUGAACUCGGUAGAAGGCAGCACCAGAGCGAAUCUCACCUACCUCGACGCCCUCGCCAAAUUUCACAAGCAGCAGGGUACGAAUUUGAACAGGCUACCGUAUGUCGACAAGAAACCACUCGAUCUCUACCGCCUGAAGAAGUGCGUCGAGGCUCGCGGCGGGUUCGACAAGGUGUGCAAGAUGAAGAAGUGGGCAGAGAUCGGCAGAGACUUGGGCUACAGCGGCAAGAUCAUGUCGUCUCUAUCGACGUCGUUGAAGAACUCAUACGAUCGAUGGCUCACUCCGUACGAGAACUAUCUUCGCCAGGCGAAACCAGGCGUCUACCAGCAGCUGGAGUACGAAUAUGGCGGGCCCUUGACCCCCAGUCCGGCACCGAGCCCCUUGAAGCGUUCCACUGUGCACACGCCGUCCAGCCUGCGGGACGGCUCCCCAGCACGGAAUGCUACCGACGCCCUACAAGCUAGCAUCUCAUUGACUGGCCUCAAGCAGGAGAGCGAUAGAGAUGUGCCCAUGAGUGAUGCACCGCUCCCGCCGCCACCCACCUCGGGCGGGUUUACGGCCAUCAACUCGGGCGGGUUCACUGCAGUCAAUUCUGGCUUCACCAGUAUCAAUCGGCCAGUUCCGACCGACGUCAAGAGCUUCACACCUCCACCCAAACAGUACGGAAGCGCACACUCGUCCGCCAAGAACACUCCGGACUUCCGCCCCUCGGGACAGGCCACUUCCAAUCCUCUCAAGAGACAGCUCAGCUGCGACAGCCUGGAUAUCUCGAAAAAGGAGACCGGCGCUGACAAGGACGAUCUCGACAGUGGCAGCCGCCGGAGUAAACGUCUCAAGAAAGAUACCGUCCCCACGGUCGCUGGCUCCCACAUGUCCCUGUACCGGCCACUUGGACCCCGGAUACCCCGAGAUGAGACCCUUGGUCCUGGCGAGCGGUGCGAAAACUGCGGCAAGUCUGAAGACGCGGGGUUUCUGGCCGUAUGCGAGUCGUGCGACCUCAGUUUUCAUGGCCCUUGUGUUGACCCGCCCCUUAAACACAAGCCCGGCGAUGAGUGGAACUGCCCGCGCUGUCUUGUCGGCGACGGGCACUUCGGAUUCGAAGAUGGCGGCCUCUACUCUCUCAAGCAGUUUCAGGAGAAGGCCGCCGACUUCAAGCAAGGCUACUUCGAGAACCGAAUGCCCUUCGACCCCGUGCUCAACUGCCCCAGGCCCGUCACCGAGGACGAUGUCGAGCGUGAAUUCUGGCGAUUGGUCACCAGUAUCGAGGAAACCGUCGAAGUAGAAUACGGUGCUGACAUCCACUGCACCACACACGGGUCCGGCUUCCCCACCGCCGAAAGGAACCCGAGCAACCCCUACUCCACUGACUUCUGGAAUCUCAACAUUAUGCCGUUGCAUCCAGAGUCACUCUUCAGGCAUAUCAAGUCCGACAUUUCGGGUAUGACAGUUCCUUGGGUCUACGUUGGCAUGAUCUUCUCAACCUUCUGUUGGCACAAUGAAGACCACUUUGCCUAUUCCGCCAACUACCAACACUUUGGAGCCACCAAGACAUGGUACGGCAUUCCUGCCGAGGAUACGCAGAAGUUUGAAGAUGCUAUGCGAGCGGCAGUUCCCGAGUUAUUUGAGACACAGCCCGAUCUGCUGUUCCAGCUUGUUACCCUACUUACCCCUGAACAUCUCAAGAAGGCAGGAGUGCGGGUUUACGCUCUCGACCAAAGAGCUGGCCAGUUGGUCAUCACGUUCCCUCAAGCAUACCAUGCUGGGUUCAACCACGGAUUCAACUUCAAUGAGGCGGUCAACUUUGCACCUUCGGACUGGGAGUCCUACGGCCUCGCCGGAGUGCAGCGACUCCAGGAGUUCAGGAAGCAGCCCUGCUUUUCCCACGACGAAUUGCUGUGGACAGCAGCCGAGGGAACCUCGAGCACUCUGACGAUCCAGACCGCCAGGUGGCUCGCGCCGGCCCUCGAGCGGAUCCACAAGAGGGAGCUCGAACAGCGCCAGCAAUACAGUGCCAAACAUCUCGAGGGCAAUGCUCACGCAUGCGUUCUCACAGCCGACUCACACGAGCCCUGCUCUCUGACUUUCCAGGUCUUCGACGAGGAUGUCCCGGAGGAAGAGUAUCAAUGUUCGUACUGCAAAUGCUAUGCUUACCUCUCGAGAUUCAAGUGCAACCGUUCAGGCAAAUUCCUGUGCCUCAUGCACGCCGGCCACCAUGCAUGCUGCGACAUGUCCGAGUCCGACCGUUUCGCCGGCAAGGAGCACGUGCUGUUCUACCGCAAGACGACCGAAGACAUGAGCGAGACGUACCGCAAGGUACUCGAGAAGGCCCACUUGCCCGAGGCAUGGGAGGAUAAGUAUGACAAGUUGUUGGAUGAAGGUGGUACGCCCACCCUCAAAACUCUUCGGAACCUCCUGAGCGAGGGCGAACGCAUUCCGUACGACCUCCCCUCUCUGCCAGCGCUCAAAGAAUUUGUUGAUCGCUGCAACGAAUGGGUCGAAGACGCGACUAAUUAUACGGUUCGCAAGCAGCAAAACCGCCGCAGGAACGACAAGGUCUGGCAAAGCGGCAUGCGCAAGUCCAUUGGAAACUCAUACCAGGAGCAGAAGGAGCGUGAGAUGCGAAAAGUCAGUAACAUCCAUCGGCUGAUCGAUGAGGCUGAGGCCAUCGGCUUCGAUUGCCCCGAGAUCACUCAACUGAAGGAACGCGCCGAGGCUAUCAAGAGCUUCCAGAACAGUGCAGAGUCGGCACUCGGACGCCUGGCCGUCCAGUCCGAGGAUUCGAUAGAGGAACUACUCGAAGAGGGCCGCAGUUUCAAUGUCGACAUGACGGAGAUCGAUAAACUCAACGAAGUGCUCGAGCAGAUGCGCUGGAACUCCAAGGCCAAAGCCAAUAGAACUGUCUUCAUGACUCUGGACGACGUGACUGUGCUCAUCGAAGAAGGAGUCCGUCUGGACAUCCCGCCCUACAACGAUCACAUGAGGUUCUUCAACGAAAAGCUACAGUCGGGCCGACAGUGGGAGGCAAAGGCGACCGAGCUGAUCAACGCCGAGACCGUCCAUUACCCCCAACUAGAGGCACUUUCAAACCAAGUACAACAUGGUGCGCUGCCUGUCUCACCGGCUACCCUACAAGCCGUGGACCAAAUCUUGCAUAAACAGAGGGAGGCACACCGACAGAUCCUUGACCUCAUGGAGCGAUCGGGGGACGCCGACUUCACGAAGCGACCGAAGUACAUGGAAGUUGUUGAGGUGAUGAAGAGGCUGGAGGAGCUCAAUUCCAAACCCACUGGUACCCUUGACCUCGAGAGAGAACAGAAGCGGCAUGAGGAUUGGAUGCGGAAGGGCAAGAAGCUAUUUGGCAAGACGAAUGCGCCACUUCAUAUCCUCAAGUCUCACUUGGACUACGUCUUGGAUCGGAACCUCGACUGCUUCGAUAUUACUAGUGACAAGCCACGAUUGCCGGCCGAGCCUGCAUCCCGAGCUCCCAGCGAAGAAAGGGAGGCGAGCAAAGUCCCGCGAUCAUGGGAUGAUCCUACGUUUAGGGAGGUCUUCUGCAUCUGCCGCCGCGUUGAGGCCGGCAUGAUGAUUGAAUGCGAACUCUGUCAUGAGUGGUACCACGGCAAGUGUCUGAAGAUCGCGCGUGGCAAGGUCAAGGAAGAUGAUAAGUACACCUGCCCGAUCUGCGACUGGCGCGUCAAGAUCCCGCGAGAUGCUGCCAGACCCAAGAUCGAAGAUUUGAUCUCCUGGCAGGAUGAAGUUCCGGGCCUUCCUUUCCAGCCGGAAGAGGAGGAAAUACUGCGCAAGAUUAUCGAUAACGCCCAGGACUUCAGGAACCAUAUCUCCGUCUACUGCAACCCGAUCAUGGCGACCGCCUCUGAAGCUGAGACGCAGAGAUUCUAUCUGCGCAAGAUCGAGGGUGCGGAAAUCUUGCUCGCAUUCGAGACCAACUUCUUCCGCCAAGAGUUGCACAAGUGGAGCCCCGUUGCCCCUGAACCACCACCGGUAUUGGACGUGUCCAAGAGCACGCGGAAACCCCGACCUACGAAGCUGCAAAAGAUGUUGAAUCAACACGGCGUCAAGGAUCCCGAGGAGCUACCCGAGAGUCUGAGGGCAAAAGCAAACAGCUUGAAACGGAAGGCGAUGAAUGCCGAGGCUGCCGCCGCCGCGGCGACCGGGCCUGCAUCCGCAGGCUCCGUGACGGGCGGCGCCAACGCAAACAGCCCUUCGGCUCACUCUUUCGGAUCAGGGAGCCACGGCUUCUUUGGACGUACCUCGCAACCACCCACACCCGCACUGGCGAGUACCGCUCAUGGUCACUCCAUGCGCGGACCGGAUUCCGCCUCGUCUAGUAGACCAGGCUCCGCACUGCGUGGGGGUCCAAUGGACAUUGAUGGUCCCGACAGCGCCCGUCUACAUCCGGAUUUCUUUAUGAGCAACGGCAGUGAGGGUCCUGGGCCACAGCUCUUGGCUUCUGAUCGUGAGCCAUUGUCGCUUGAAGAGCGCCUCCUCAGUGGCCAAGACGACGCGCUCAACUUGCAGAGCGAAGCCGGAAAGGGCAAGGCCCUCGAGAUCCUUAGGCGCACGGAAGAAGGACGACGCCGAGCGGAAGAGAUAUUUGGGCCCGAUGUCUGGGAUGCCGAAGGUGGGCUGGGACGCGGGUCCCGGAGCAUGACGGGAGAUACCGAGUUGCGACAGGAAGAUGGAGAUGACAAGGAUGUCGACCGCAUGUUCUUGGACCUGACGAACGCGGACGACGAGGACGGAGAGGCCAAAAAGGCUGCCAUGGCUGCUGCCAUCACCACGGAGAGUUUUGAGGCCGAACGGGAUGCCAUGGCCAUGAUGGAUUCGGACUAA